UUCUUUGAUAUUAUAAUUAAAAAUAGAAAAAAACAUGAGAUUUUACGCGUGCGCGUAAUAGAUUUGAAAUUCAAUGGAAAUACAAAUGGUGUAAACAUGACUGAAGAACUCUCUGGUGUCACAAUAGUGAUAUUUAUUGCGGCCGGAGUUUUAACAAUAUUAUUAUUAUUCAUAUUUGCAAAACGACAAAUAAUGAGAUUCGCGUUACGAUCACGUCGUGGUCCUCAUAUUCCUAUUGGACAUGAUGCAAGGAAGUCAUUGAAGAAGGAAAUUGAAAGACGGAUAGAAGUAAUACCAAAAAUUCAAUAUGAGCCACAACUUAUUAGUGAUCCAAGACUUAUUUUAACUCCUCGAGGACAUGUUCCACCACAUUAUUAUAGAUUAAAAGCAGUGGAUGAUGUUAAAACUUUAGAAGCUGAAAUUACCAAAUAUGAUAAUUGUUUAAGGAGGCAUCCAUCUGAGAAUUUACGAGCAUAUUUACUUGCCACAUUAGCAACUCCAUUAAAUGGAAGUGGACAAAGAUUAAUUCAUCAAUUCUGUGAUUUAUAUGAACAUGCACGACAUGAUCCAACUGAAUUUGGAGACGAGGAAUAUCAAGUAUAUACCCGUUUAUUUCUUAAAUUAAUGGAUGCGGCCCGUUUGUUAAAAUCGUAUCCGAGCAGUAGAAAAUCUAGUCCAAGUCGUACACCUAUAAAGAAAAAUGUUGAGACGAAAAGGAAUAUAUUAGAACCUAAAAUGAAAUUACCCGAAGAUCAAACAUUGACUGGUUCACGACCAAAUACAUUAACGGUAAUGAUGCUGGAUAAUAAUGAAACAUCUGUUUAGCAUUAUGAAAAUCGUCACAUACAACAUAUGUGACGAAUAGUUGUUUCAUAAUUGCUAAUUUCUACACUAUACGAAAUUGCAAGUAAGUAAAAUACAUAUUUAAUUUUUAUUAUAAUAAUAUUCCAGAAAUAUGUUUUUCCUUUUAAUUUCGUAUCAUCUUAAAUUUGCAGUUGUUACGAACAGAUUUUUUGCAAUAGAAGUUGUUUCAGUCUAACAUGUACCAGAUUACGAUUAAAUAUCGAUUUCUGUUUUAAUCGAUAAAUAUUUAGUCCAUACAUCUUUAUAAUAGGAAUUAUGUCUUAAACAAAUUAAUGCUCGAUGAAAUGUGGAUUUAUACGAACUAGAAAUAUUACUCAUUCUCAUGUAAUUUAACCAUUCCAUCAUCUGAAAGG